UCUUUGUGCCAAUUAGCUGCAGCUAGCUGAAAGCGGUGCACAUUAUAAACCAACACCAAAUCUAACCCAAACACCCGCAGUUUGUGCACAUUAAACGGCUCCAACAAUGGCCCGUUGUCGGUUAGAAAAGGGGGGGUAAAUUACAGCCUCACGCCGGAUGUUUGUGCCACUUUUCUCUCUGUAAACUUUACCCUGCCCUGUCACUUGUUUUUUUUUUGGGUUUUUUUGGGGGGGGGUUGUUUUUUUUAAAUUUUAUUUUAACAAUGUUGAGCAGCGUUGCUCUGCGGGCUCAGAUCGCCUCCAUAAUCGACGCCUUGUCCAAAGCGGCCGUGGCAGAAAUCUCCAAAGUUGUGGAAGAUGGGAUGGUGGUGCUGAGGCUGGAAAUGUGUCAGCGUGAGAACGAGAUCAAGAAGCUGCAGAGCAACGUCGAGGUGCUGCACAGCGAGCUCAGAUCAGCUCAGGAGAGGGUGACCCUGCGACCUGACACCCACCGGAGAGAUGAUGCUCAGAGUGACGUUGGUGGUGAGAGGAUCUUGCUGGAAAAAUGUGCCAAUAAGGACCAAAACAGCCUGCCCCUCCCUGAGGUGCAGGUGAAAUGUGAACCUGUGGAAGAAGGAAGUGAAGAACAACCAGAACAACCGGCCUUGUACGAAAGGGACAGUGCGCAGUGGAGACCGACGACGCAAACUCAGGCAGGACGCAACAACUCAGAUUAUUUAAAUAUGGGUCAGAACUCCUUGUUGUGUCUUCCUGAAUCGUCUCUGGACGCCGGACUGGCUGCGCCCUGCAGCGGCUCCGGUGGCCUUCAGCAGAGCCCCUUCAGCCGCGGGCUGCUGGGUUACAGCCAGUACCGUAACUCGUACAACACGGCGCGGAGGAGGACGGUGAAGAGGCUGAUGUUCAAGAAAGGCUUCAUCUGUCCGUAUUGUGGGAAGUAUUUUGAGCGUUCCGGGCACCUCGAGAGGCACAAAAGGAUCCACACUGGCGAGAAACCGUAUCGCUGCGAGAUAUGUGGGAGACGUUUCAAUCAGAAAUGCAGCCUGAAGGAGCACAUGAAGAUUCACAGGAGAUCCCUUCAGCCCAGACCAGUUGAGAUCCACGUGGGCGAACAGAAGCAGAUUCACGAGGUGAACCCGUGUACUGAAACUCAUCGCCCGGAGGAAGAGAGCCAGAUGAACGCUGAGGAUGGCCUACCUAAGAAUGAGGACAUUGCGACAACACCCGUACAUGUAAAAUCUGAGCCUGCGGAGGAGAAUAUAGCACAACCACUGUUUCAUGGAGGAAGCGAGCAGACAAUGGAAGGAGUAGACAACCUCAGUGAGGACUUCGCAUCAUUUGAGAGAGACAACCAGCAGUGGAUGUCCAGAUUACAGGGACAAAACAGCGCAGAGAUCAGCAGCACGGAGUUUCUCAACAGCUCAGCGCAGAGUAUGACGUCCUUCCAGGGGAUGGCGCAGUUGCUCCCGCCACCGGUCGAAGCCUCUUGUAGCACAUUCUCCUUUCCAAGGAAACCAUAUGAGGAACUCAAAAACAGCAUGAUCUCCCAAACGCCCUAUGGAUCCUCAGACACACUGAUGAUAUCAAGUGAAGCGGGACUGCACGGUAUGGCGGGACCCACGCUGAAUCACCACCACCAGAGAGCGAGCAGGUCUUUUCAGGUGAUCAAACCAAAGAAAUGCUUCAUCUGCUCGUACUGUGGCAAGGUCUUUGAGCGCGCUGGCCACCUUGAAAGACAUUUACGAAUUCACACCGGGGAGAAGCCGUACGGCUGCCACAUCUGCGGGAGGUGCUUCAAUCAGAAGAGCAGCCUCAAGGGCCACAUGAGGACACACAGAAAUGGGGAGAACUCGGAUGUGCUGGAAGCGCAACACCUGAUGUUUACAAUCCCUGAAAAUCAAUCGUUGAAGAACCUGGCAGAACCCAAGACCGGACUGGCAGCUUUGGGAGAACAGCUAACAGGAUCCACGUACAGCGAGCCAGUUGGUGAGCAAACAGUAAUGGUAAAGCUGGAGCCAAAUGGGGAGGAUUUUCAGACUCUAAGCCAGGCAGGGACUGAUAAUGACACAGGAGCAACAGACCAAAGCCAGCUGUGGGCUUCUGGGAUAGAGAAGAGCGGUGAUGUCACUGAACAAAAUGUCUGUCUACUUUUACACGAUGUCAAGUAUCACCUCAGUCCUGCUGGUGGAACCGCCAACGAGCAGCAGGGAUAUACCUCGCCAAUCAAGGAUCUCUCUUUUCUAGACCACAAGGAAAAGGAAGAAAUGAUGCACAAUGAUCAGUAUUCAGUGAUGGGGAUGCAGCUGAGAAGCUCCGAUAUGACUCUAGCUCCGGAGCUGCAGGAUCCACAUAUUCCACAAGAGGUAGCUGUGACUGAGUACACGGAAGUGAGUGAGAGGACUCACGAGGGAGGAGUGUUUGAAUUUAAUAUGACAGGCGACCCUGAAGACAACUGCGGCGGGGACACCACCAGGCAAAAUUGCUAUAUAUGUUCAACUUGUGGGCAAAGUUUUGAUAGUUUCAGUUUAUUUCAGAGGCACCAGUGUAAAAAUAUCACAGAGCAAUCCUUCGGCUGUGAGAUAUGCGGCAAGAUGUUUAAUCAGAUGAGCAUCCUGAAAUUGCACCUUAAACUGCAUGUAAAAUAAAAUCAUUUGUAAUGGACACAACAAGGAAAAAUACUGUACCGGACACGAUUCUCCACCAGGCUUCAUCACAGUCAGUCAGGCGGCCAAGUGCAUGAGUUACUUUCUCACGCUUGACAAAAUCAACAAUGUCCCAAAACUUCCAAAAGCUAAAGCAGAGGAACAAAGAGCAGUAGGUUUCUGAUUUAAGUACAGGACAAAAAUGUCUUCUUAGCGUCCGUCACAUUUCAAGUACUUUGCUUUUCCUGCCACUUUCACCCUUUUUUUUUUUUUUUAAAGAUUUCACGAUUGUUGCCGUAGACAUUGAACACAGUGGCCAGAUCUGGCAAACAAUGUUGAGUGUUUUAAGUGGCAAUUGAAGCCGUCCUGUUACUCAGACUAAUCAGUAGUACUAGUAAACAAGUCACUUAAGUUCUGUAUGAUGUGUUAUUACUAUAGACUGUAAAUGUAACUCAGUCUUUUUCAGUGAAACUAAAAUCAGAAAUCCUCCCCCUCAUACAGUCGGUGAAAUGAGUCCUUACAUUUCAACUAAUGACGAAGGAUUUUGCACUUCAACAGUUCAACAGUUCAACAAGCUUGUUAUCGUCCACGAUAUACUGUCAGCAUAUUAUUAUGUUCUUUAAUGUGAGGUAGAGUUUGAUGAUAUGUUAAAAAUACAGUAUUAGGUGGAAUUUGGCUGAAUUAGAACAAAAUUAUAGGAUGCCAAUCUCAUGGAUGUAACAUAUCAACUAGAGAUAUAGGACAGAUUUCUUCUCUAUUCAGUUCUACUGUGCCAUACUUCAGAAAUCAAUCAGUUCCAUCAAAGCUUUGAUAAGACGUUUCUUUAAUACUACACAAAUAUUCUGUAUGUUAAAAUAUGGAAUAAUACCUAUUUUCCCUUUUUUAGGAGGAUGCAGUGAGGGUACUACUGUUUUUUUUUCUAAGCGGUGAUUUUAAGCCAUUGUUAAAAGAUAUUCAUAGAGAUGUUUAUUGUUGAUAAAUCAUUCGGACAGUAGUGUCUUCCUUUUAAGUUGAACCGAACAAACCCUCAUAACAAUGCACUGUAUACCUCAAAUUACUAUUGCCUUCAAAGCUGCAUGUAAGUAUGUCUUGAUAUUGUUAUAUUCUGUUGGUUUGGUCUUUAAAAGUCAUAUUUAAAGGAAAUUAUUUUGGGGUCAGGGCAACAUUUCAAAUAUAGCAGACCUCCCUGUAACCAAAAAUGGCAACAAGGUCUUUUUUUUAACUUAGAGAAUAGAAAGGGGACUACAGUAUGUUAAUACUAAAUCAUAUGUAAGAUAUGUGCGAUUAUGUUUAAUUAAAGAAACUUGAAAUACCUCAGUGAUACACAGGGUCACCGUAGUCCUCGAGAAUUUGGAAAAGUGUUGUUUCCUUAGUCUGAUAUUUAUUUUUUGGGAGGGGGGAUAUUUUUUAUGAAGGGUUAAUGACAGUCAGAUAGAUAGAGAUUACACAGCCAGUGUUCGGCAUUGCACAUGGAAAACUGUUCUAUGAAAAGGCAUUAAACUGGUUGAGUAAAUUGUUUUGAAUGGUUCAAUUUGCAUUCGUUUUAUAGCAGGUGGCUGCACUUGAAGAGGUCGUUAAAAUAGUUUGACAAAACUCCACGUAAUCCAACAGAAAGAGCAACUUUUCUACGCUUAUCAAGGUGACACUAAACCCUUUAUCGUACAGUGUGAUGAGUGCCUAAAUUUUUUCACAUGGGUAUUAAAUCCCAAACCCUGCCACUGCAGUGUUGUUGCCUUUUUUAAAAGCAGUGUUACAGAGUCAACUUCCUAUAAUUUGUUCUCUUCCUUAAUUUCUAGUGUUUUUAAGUCUUUGCUUUGAUUCAGUAGAUCAUUGAUCAAUAAUUUGUCAAUCUUACACCCAGUUGUAGCAUGAUUCACAGGCAUCACACAACCUUUUACAGUGAUCACAUUAUUCUACAAGAUGUUGGAGUUAUGUUUGAAAAGAUUAUCAUAAUGAAGCUUUUUUGUAUUUUCAAAUAAAUUCAAAACUAAGGA